AAAUGAAAUAUUUUUGCAUAUGUUCAAAGCAUGCUAAUACUUUAGGAUACAUGUCAUAUGAUCUUAGAUCAUGUCAUUAAGUUGCUAUAUAAACCAACAAUCUAUGGUGCAAUAUAAAAGUUGAACUGGGACAGCUAAGAGAAUGUAUAUUCAAUUCAUUCCUCGCUGGAUUUUUGCAUUAUAUUUGCUCUCAAUGAGUUGCAAGGCAGAGCGCAAUUGGGACUAUGAGGCGCUGUUCAUUACUAGCAGAUCAUCGGAUGAAUCACUAGUGAGCAUCGAAUCGGGAAUCGAACGCAAGGGACGCGGCAGUCCCACCGUCUCGAUCGUUUUAGAAGUUAACUAUCAAGUAGAUGAUGAGACUUUGAUCGAGGCGACAGUCUAUCAAAGUUACACGGGUCACGACGACGACUACAAGCUGAUGCCUUUUGGCAUAGAAAAAAAACCAUUUCCCGAGUAUAUCAGGGAAUUUUACGACAAUGUGGUCUAUACCAAUUUGGGUCACUGUUCGAAUCUGCCAAAGCCCGGCGAACAAAUUCCCUGGCCAAUAAUGACGUACAAGUUCGACGACUGCAUUUUCUCCGGCGAUGGCUUGCCCGAAAUAUUGUCCGAAGGCUAUUACAAGAUAUUUUUUAAUGUUACUGGUCCGGUUGACUGGAGCCUUGUGAUCGGCGUUAAGAUUGUCUCUAAGAGCAAUGCAAUGGGAUAUUAUUGAAAAUUGUUAAGACGAAAUUCAGCUUCAGUGUGAAGAAUAAAAUUAUUAUAUUAAGCAUAUUCUGAUAAAAAAUGUAUGAUCGAAGAUUGAAGUUGUCUCUUUUUGAACGAUCUGUAGAUAAACGUCGCUUAUUUAGAUAAACGUCGAUCACAGCUGAUGCU